GUAUAUUUCGUUUCAGAUUUUAUCGUUUUGGUGAAUGGGUAGAAGUGGUAGUCGAUGAUUACCUUCCCACAAAAAACCGCCGUCUUAUAUAUGCUCACUCAAAAAAUCCUAAAGAAAUGUGGUGUUCAUUGCUUGAAAAAGCUUAUGCGAAACUUCGCAAAUGUUAUGAAGCACUGGAAGGUGGGUUAUCUUCCGAUGCUCUUGUUGAUCUAACAGGUGCUGUUCCUGAAACUAUUCAAUUAAAUUCUGAUGAUGAGGACGGUAUCCUGAAAAAAAUGGGUGAAAAAAAAUUAAUUGCUAUGAUGAAAGUUGCCAUUAAAGAAAAAACACUGAUGAGUUGUUCUAUUGAUGUGCUUGAGGAUGAAAUUCAACAAGAAAGGUUACCUAAUGGUUUAGUUGUUGGGCAUGCGUAUGGUAUUACAAAUAUACAAGUACUCAGAGUUGGUAGUACGUUUAAAAAGAAUGAAAUUAUUCUUGUACGUCUACAUAACCCAUGGGGUGAAGUAGAAUGGAAUGGUCCUUGGUCUGAUAAAUCUCCAAAAUGGAAUGACAUUUCUAAUUCUAACCGUAAACAAUUAGGAUUUACUAUCGCGGAUGAUGGUGAUUUCUGGAUGUCAUUCCAAGAUUUUAUAUCCAAUUUUUCGACUCUUACAAUUUGUCGUUGUAUUAACACAUCAUUAUUAACAUUUGGGCGACGUUGGCAUGGUGUAAUGUUUCGUGGAGAAUGGUCAAUUGAAAAUGAAACAGCUGGUGGAUGUAUUAACAAUGCAGAAACAUUUUACCAAAACCCACAAUAUUCUAUUAGAAUUCACAAACCCACUUUCUUAAUAAUAUCAUUAAUGCAACAAGACAAUCACGUAGAAAUUGGUGCCGAAAAAAUCACAAUAGGAUUCAUUCUUCUUAAAGUUGAAUUAAAUCGUAAAUAUCGAAUUCAUAAACCUACAUAUGAAACUGCAGGUCGAGUAACCUAUAUUAAUAUUCGUGAAGUUACAGAAAGAAUUUUCUUGAAACCGGGACACUAUAUUUUAAUUCCUUCUUCAUAUGAUGUUGGUGAAGAAGGUUCAUAUUUCAUGCGUUUAUUUUCUUCAAAUUCUAUAAAUAUUAGAUUACUUAAAAAUGAUUCUCCAAAAAGGAAAUGGUAUUAUCCAUUAUUUUAUCAUGGAAAACCUUAUUUUAUUGGGAUUGUAAGAGUUCAGAUAUUAGGUGGUCAAUUUAAACGUCACAUAGAUAAAACAUAUAUUAAAAUAACAUUUAUGGAUUUUAAAAAGAAA